UCCCCUAUCGUACGGUCAACAUACAACAUCCUCUGAUCAACUAUUUAGUACUAUAUCGAAUAAACCUCACUUUCCGAUCGAAGAUGAUGCACCGCUAUCGAAACCGCAAAGUAACUGCGGAGAUUCUGCGCGAUCUUUACGAGUCCUGGCUGAUCGUGGCCAUCGGGAUGUUCGUCCACUGGAACCAUUUGCGUCUGUUGGCCUACGAUCCCAUAUCGCCGCUGGAUCCCUUGAGCCAGUUACCCAUGGGCGAGAAUCAGCGCUGGGCGGGCCUCUUCUUCGGCUGCGGCAUUAUCCUGGCCAUUCUGCAGUACCGGCCGCGCUGGGUCCGGCGGUGUCGUCAUCGCGUCUGCCUGCUGAUGCUGCUGGCCGAGCUGGUGCUGGUGCUCCAGCUGACCGAGUGGAUGGACCGCCAGCUGUGGCAGCCCUUCCUGGGCAUCACUCGCGAACUGUUCCUCGCCCUGGGCGGGGCCCAAUGGGGCUCCUGGAUCGUCGACUACUGGCCCGGAGUGCGAUCCCUGCUCCUGACUGGCGUCGCCUUCGAUUACUUUCGCCUGGUCACCUCGUUCGCCAUCUUCAUCGCCGCCUUCGACUCGACUGCCGGCAGCUGGCGGGUGUCGGUGGAGUUCUUGCUGAUCGGCUACUUGCCGGAAACUUCGGCCAGAAGCCAACUCAUCCAAGAGAAGCACCGGAAGAGAAGUCUCGAGCGGACCAGGAAGGGCCUCCUGCCGACUCUAUCGCCCGAGUUCCUCAUUUACAAGCGUUUGUGCUACAUCUGUAUGCAGAAAAUGAAUUCGGAGCCCCUUGACUUGGAAGCCACGGGGCUCUAAAAACCCCAGACCCGAGAGCAAAGGCCAAUUAGCCCAAAAAAAAUUUAAGUCCCAAAAAAAUGUUUUAAAGACACAUACACCUGUUCAAAGACACUGCGGUUCCUUAAAUUUUUUACUUGUGAUACAGUUCAUAUUAAUCAAAAUAAAUUUUGUUGAGUUCGGAA